ACGCUUGCGCACUGCAGAUCCAGCGCUGAUGCAAGAAAUUUUCGGCGCAGCCUUGUGGGACAGAUCGAGGAACAAAAAGUAGCCAGAUUUCAGUCACUUUCCAGCCCGCAAACAUGUCAGGAGACGAGAUGAUUUUCGAUCCUAACAUGACCAAGAAGAAGAAGAAAAAGAAGAAGCCCUUCAUGCUGGAUGAGGACGGAGGAGAAGGGAUGGGAGGAGAAGAGGCUAAAGAGGUGGAGGCAAAGGAGGCAGAGCCAGAGACCGGAGACGACAAGGAGCUGGAUCUAGAUGAAGAUGAAGGCAGGAAGAAAGAGCCGUCCGAUGAUUUAAACGACUUGAACUUCUUCAAUCAGAAGAAAAAGAAAAAGAAACCCAAGAAAGUAUUUGAUAAUGACGUGGAGGAGGGACUAAAGGAACUGAAAAUCGAGGGAGAGCAGGCGGAGGUGCUGGAGGAGGACAACCUGGACCUGAUGCUUCCUACCAAAAAGAAGAAGUCAAAGAAAGUGGACUUUGAUGAGGGAGAGCCGCUGGAGAAGGAUGAUGCGUUGGAGGACGAUGAGGGGAAGAACAAUGAUGGCAUUUCAUUCAGCUCCUCCACAGGACCGGCCUGGGCCGGCACCGAAAGAGACUACACUUAUGAUGAGCUCCUGAACCGAGUCUUCAACAUCAUGAGAGAGAAGAACCCCGACAUGGUGGCCGGAGAGAAGAGGAAGUUUGUCAUGAAGCCUCCUCAAGUGGUGCGAGUGGGAACCAAGAAAACCUCCUUCGUCAACUUCACAGACAUCUGCAAACUGUUGCAUCGUCAGCCUAAACAUCUCCUCGCUUUCCUGCUGGCUGAGUUGGGAACAAGUGGAUCCAUAGACGGAAAUAACCAGCUUGUGAUCAAAGGCAGAUUUCAACAGAAACAGAUAGAAAAUGUGUUGAGAAGAUAUAUCAAGGAAUACGUGACGUGUCACACCUGCCGCUCCCCUGAGACCAUCCUGCAGAAGGACACUCGCCUCUAUUUCCUGCAGUGUGAAACGUGCCACUCCCGCUGCUCCGUCGCCAGCAUCAAGACCGGCUUCCAGGCUGUGACGGGCAAGAGGGCGCAGCUCCGCGCCAAAGCCAACUAAAGACCAUCGGAACUGGGCUCCCCCUCCUCUCUCGGCCUCCCCUUUCCCCUCAGAAGGGCCGAAGCUCGGGUCGGACGCCCCUUUGAUUCGCUAAAAGGACUCUCUGAAUCGAACUGCGGGAGGGUUUGGCUGUUGUUUAGUUGUGGCCUGGCCUGACCGGGCAGGGAGUGAGAGAGUAUCUAGCGCUGACAGAUGAGGUUCAGGCAGCGAAAGCAGAUGAUGUGUACCACACACACUGUUGGAUGCAUUUGAUUUGUUGUCUGGCUGAUGAACCCUCCACCUCCUAGGUUGUUAUUUUUCAUUUGCUGUGAUUCUUGAUUCCUGCAAGAAAACCCUGAUUUAACAUGGCUUUCUCAUUCUUUCCUCUCCAGCUUAACAUACACCACACGUGAAUCUUUCUUUGGAUAAGGAAUACAUCUCUUUAUUCAGUCAGCCAAAGUGUAGUUAAGCUAUGUCGAUCUACAAUCACAGAGCCAAGUUUCUCUGGUAGUUGUAUCAGUGUGGCUCAUGUGGUCACCUGGUUUUACCUGAAUUCCACAUUGCUUAAACUCAAGGUUGUGUUCCUUUUUCUGGUCUGGCCCUAAAACACAAAACAUGCCAGUCCAGAGUUUUCUGCUCUGGCUUUUUAAAGAUAGAAAUCAGCAGGCUGGAGUACAUGCAGGAAGAAUCGUCAGUGUAACUAGUCUGACAGGCUCAGGCACGGAGCUGGUUUUGAUCAUCUUAUAGCAGGAGUUGACCACCAAGUCAAACAACUAGGGGCUGCUGAAGCAGGGAGCACCCUCUCACUGAUGACUUUAAUAGAGAGGUUGUGUGUGAGACAGAUAGAAAUUAAACAGUGUGUUUAUGAGUGCUUUGUGACAUUGAUGAGCAACUGUGUACUUCAUUAUUUCUUCCUUUGACCUUUGAAGUGGAAAUCAACACAUUUUAUCAAAUAUUGGCGAUCUGGUGUUAAAAUGAAUAAAUCAGUUUUGUUAAGAAGAGCUCAUGCCAGUCCCCUAACACAAACACCUAAAUGCCUCCCCCUAUAAACAGCCAGAUCAGUGUCCGCUAACAGAUCUUUAUUUUCAAGUGUGAUUCUAGAAACUUACACCACAAGCCAGCUAGGAUAUGAAGGGUAUCAUUCCAUAUUGAAUAAUACAUGACGUGCAUGAUACUGGCUCUGUUCUUGUUUUAGAGGAAUGUGGAUAAGAAGGUCUGGCUUGAAUCAUUUUAAAACCUGGUUUUUACAAAAAUAAAAUAUUCUACUCUCUCUCUCUCCA